AUGUCAAACCCAACUACCCAGAAGGCCGAUGCCACAGAGCAGGCCCCACCACAAGCAAAGCCCCAAGUCCUGGAGGAAGAUGACGAGUUCGAGGAUUUCCCCGUUGAAGGUAUCAACCAGACAUCCAAGUGCUUCCCUAAAGCAACGAACCUAACUCUAUACCACCCAGACUGGCCCCAAGAAGAAGCUGAGCAGACCUCUGGCUCGACAGCAAACGGCGGUAGCGAGCACCUGUGGGAAGAGAGCUGGGAUGACGAUGAUGCGGCGGAUGACUUCUCAAAGCAGCUCCAGGAAGAAUUGAAGAAGGUCGAAGCAUCGGCUUAA